AUGGAGGGAUUAUGGACACGGUUCCUCCCAGUUAGUGUCGAGGUGCGUCGACUUCUCCAAGCCGGUGUGAUAGGGACCGUCACCCGUGUCUUUGCAGACCAUGGUCUGGGGAUGGACCCAUACUGGGACAUUCUUCCGAAUGACCGCAUGAUUGCGAAAGAGCUGGCUGGCGGGGCGCUGUUAGACCUUGGCGUCUACUCCAUCCACUGGGUCCUCCAAGCCAUCGCCAAGGGGAAUCGUCGCCCGAUUCAGAUCCUCUCCACCAUGACAAAAUACCCUAUAACGGGAGUCGACGAAACGACCACCAUCUUGAUGAAAUUCGCACCCAGCACAGCAGAGAGACCCGGGAUACAAGCCAUAGCCAGCGCCAGCCUACGCGCCAAAACCGACUCAGACGGCGAGACAGCCGCGGUCCGCAUCCAAGGCGAUCAGGGCGAAAUCCAACUCUUCGGUUGGCCGUGGUGUCCGUCCCGGCUACGGGCCAUUAAACGAAGCCCCGGAAUGGACAGCCCGGGCACGAUCAGCAUCGACAAGACCAAGCUUAUAUCCGACGAUCUAGACGGACUCUGCUACGAGGCGGAUGAGGUCGCACGUUGCAUUCGUCGAGGGCUCCUAGAGAGUCCCAAGAUGCCCUGGCUAGAGAGCCUGACCGUCAUGGAGAUCAUGGAUACAGUGCGACGGGAGAAUGACCUCAAAUUCCCCGAGGAAAUCGAGACAGUGGAGUAUCCUGUAGCACUACCAGCUAAAAGAUCCUGA